AUGUCCGCUGGUGAUAUCGACGCCCAAAUCGCUCAGCUGAGGAAAUGCGAGCCAAUAUCAGAAUCUCAAGUCAAGGAAUUGUGCCUCAAAGCGCGUGAAAUCCUCGUCGAAGAAGCCAAUGUACAAUACGUUGAUUCACCUGUUACGAUAUGCGGUGAUAUACACGGUCAAUUCUGGGAUCUUAUGGAAUUGUUCGAAAUCGCCGGACAGUGUCCAUCAACCAAUUACCUCUUCAUGGGCGACUUUGUUGAUAGAGGAUUCUAUUCUGUCGAAACGUUCCUUCUCUUAUUGUCCCUGAAAGUCCGUUACCCUGACAGAAUCACGCUUAUACGAGGCAAUCACGAAUCGCGGCAGAUUACUCAAGUCUAUGGGUUUUAUGAUGAGUGUUUGAGAAAGUACGGCAAUGUUAAUGUCUGGCGGUAUUGCUGCGAAGUGUUUGAUUACCUUUCUCUCGCUGCGAUUGUUGAUGGAAGGACAUUUUGCGUUCACGGCGGUCUCAGUCCUAUGAUACAGACGAUCGAUGAGAUACGCUCAAUCGAUAGGAAACAGGAGGUGCCGCAUGACGGUGCAAUGUGCGAUCUACUGUGGUCAGAUCCAGACGAUAUAGAUAGUUGGAAUAUCAGUCCACGUGGCGCUGGAUUCUUAUUUGGUUCUGAAGUUGUUCGACAGUUUGUUCACGCGAAUGACCUCGAUUUGAUUGCACGCGCUCAUCAACUCGUUUUGGAAGGAUACAAGAUAAUGUUCGAUAAUUCGAUUGUUACAGUGUGGUCUGCACCAAAUUACUGCUACAGAUGUGGAAAUGUAGCUAGCGUGCUCAACCUAGAGGAGAGUGGAGAACAAGUGUACAAAACAUUCGAAGCAGCGCCCCAAGAUACCAACAAAGUUCCGUUCAAGAGACCAACACCACUGUAUUUCCUUUAA